AUGUGCUCAGCCAAGGAGGAACUUCAGAGUUCAGAGUCUGGUGAGUCAGUGGAUCGUGGUAUGUCCCUGGAGGAAGCAGCGGCAGCCUUGGACCGUCUGCUCUUGGGUCAUAGCCAGGGGCUGGUACAGGGGAGAGGUGACCCCAACUCACCCCCGUAUGCUCCUCCUCCCCCAGUACAGGAAAACAUCCUUCCAACGCUCCUACCUGGCACUGUCUCCUCACAGAAAAGCCUGUGGAAGUGGACCUACCUCCCGUCCUGCUGCCCUGGGACACUCGUACCUGUUCUCUCUUCAGUGACAUUCACAUCCCCACCACCCCUCUCCUUGCAUCAGGCCCGUCGGAAGUCUUGGCUACCCACUUUGGAUGACUUUGGUGCGUCUCUGCCAGAUAGGCAGACCCCAGAAGACCCUCACAGUCAGAGCAGUAGUAGUAUUAGCAGUAACAGCAGCUCGGAACGAGGGCCAGAUUGGACCAGAGCGGAGAACUUCAUACCCCUCGACGCUGAGAAGUACAAGACUGAACUGUGUCGUUCCUACCAAGUCCAUGGCUACUGCAAAUACGGCUUCAGGUGUAACUACGCCCAUGGUCUGCAUCAGCUGCGGGGGGCGUCCCAUCACGGCAAGUACAAAACCAGGAACUGUCAGUCGUACCACCAGACUGGUUUCUGUCGCUACGGUGCCAGGUGCUCCUUCAUCCACGACCCUGAGGAAGGUGUCCUCAAGUGCUCCAUCGCUAAUAAGGAGGUGUUGGAAGCUUUGCAUUACUGUCCUGCCAGCGAGGAUGCCAGUCGCACAGCUAACAUCACCUGGAGACUGGUGGAGAGCCCUUGCAGCCCCGCUCAGGAGCUCCACUUUAUCACCACCACUAGACCCUUGGAGGACGACCUUAGCCCCAUCCUUCCCCCACAUUCGUCCUCGAUACCUUCCCUGGCCACCUUAUUGCUACCCGUGAGAGGGAUUCCUUCUGCAGCCCCACUGAGUGAAGCUGACUUCCCAAGAUGUCUGCCAUUACAAGGUGAUCCGAAACACAAUGCCUGGUUUCAACCAGCAGAAAGUAUUGCAGGAAGCAUCAGUCACGCGGAACCAAGUUUAGGUGCUUUAGUUGGAGGUAAUUUGCCCCGUGUUAGCAAUGAGACUAGUCUACUGAACCAUCAUUUUACCAGGCUAGAAGUUAUUAGUGCAUCAACUACUGAGGAAUAUUUUUUUCCUCAGAAUAGUAACAGGAGACAAAGCUUGACAGAUGUUGAGCCCACAUCAGAAUUCAGUGCCCCCGAUCAAGUAGCUGUAAUAGAAGACAUGAUAAAAGAAUGCCAGGAUCUUCAAAAACUGGAUGUGGUUCACAAUAUACUAGAGGCGGCGCCACGAUACUCGGCCACAGUCUGGAGUGAUGGCACUGACCCACAAGGCCCCAUCGAUGGCGCCUUAAACAACCCAGCUCAGCACAGUGACUUCUGUCAGGUGGAUUAUAAUGUUUUUGAAACCUCUUAUGACAAUAUUCGAAGCGUAGCAGAAGAGAAUAAAAAUUGGUUAAAUAGUGGUGAUGACGGAUAUGACCUGUCGUUGUGCAAUGAAGCUUCACUGAUCUCUAACACAGACUUGAUAUUCUCCAGCACUCUUCGGAGUGACUCUGAAGAGGAGAAGGAAGAAGAGGAAGGGAAGAUUACCAACAAUGACAGUGAACAGGAUGAUGAAUGGUCGCUCAGUAGCAGCCUACAGUUGGAUGAACUGAUGCGGUCUUUAAAGAUACAAGAGCACCGCUACCGCCAGCUGCCUUGGUCAAAACGAGCCUCCGACAGUUUCUUGCUCUCUCGGCCUUCACGCAAACAAAGAGCGUUGUCUCCACCAUCAGUCAAGCGUCGUCCUCACGACCUGACUAAAUACAAAACCGAACUAUGCCGGUCAUUUCAAUAUAACGGCUAUUGCGGAUACGGAGAAGCCUGUUUGUACGCCCACGGAUCCCUCGAUCUCCGCUCCUACCCGAGGCAUCCCAUGUACCGGACCAAACAGUGCUUCAGCUUCCACAACAAAGGUUUCUGUCUGUACGGCAGUCGAUGCCAAUUUCUUCACGACCUGGAAUAACCUUGUACAUUUCAACCAUACAUAUGUACACCUUUGUUCCAAGCAUUCGAAUCUUUCAUUUCGAUGAUUACUCCUCAAAACCGGCUCACAAAUCCACUAAUACAAGUCCUGACGAGCUCUGUUUAUAGACUAGUAUGGGUAACGUACAACGAUGUAUGCACCGUGUGUGUAGCCCCACGACUGCUGUUUAGGUGUAGCAGGUGGAGACGCCUCACCUGGGUUCAAGAUAACAUGUAUGGAAUGGGACUUUUAUGUGGAUAAGUGGAAACUCGGCUCAGUUUUAUGUGAAGGGACUCUCAUUCCUUUUGUGGUUAAUUGUACUAUUUAUUUAGUUCUGUGAUAUUGAGUGAUAAUGUUUAGAUAAUUAUUUAUAAAUUUAGUUUUUCACUUUACAAAGUUACAAGCUUUAGAUAUUGAUGUAUUUAUAUGGUAUUUAAAUUUAUUUUCUAUAACUAUUUAAUAAAUGCAUUAUAAUUAUA